AUGAAUGCCCAGUUGUAUGGAGAUACCAUUCGGGCAGUAUUACCUGAAUCAUGCAUUGAUGCGUCUACAAUGAGACCGAUUCCAGAUUCACAAGAAGUAUUUGUCUUGCCUAGUCCUAAAGGAGGAUCAUAUGAUAAAUGGGUUAUCUUUGAUUUGUUGGAGUAUGUUCCUAAGGAAGAAUUGACCGAAGCUAUUCAAUAUCAUUUUCUGGAUCUUGUGGGGGAAGUUUCUAUUGAUGUCAACCAUGUGAGUUCAAUUCCAAUCAAAGCCCCCAAAGAUAUAAAAGGAAGUAUCAAUUACGUUGUACAUAAUGGAACAACGAUCCUAGGUAGCUUAAUUAGAUUGAAGGAAUACGACACAGAUCUAUUGGUAUCCAUCAAUUUUCAACAACAACCCGAUGAACAAUUACAAGAUACGAUUACAAUCUUAGAGUCUAUAACUCGCAGUUGUGACAUCCAUGACCCCAAAACAUUAUUUGGCUGA